UAGGCUUGCGUCUGCGCAACCAGUCAGUACAACUUCCGAAGCUAAGCGCGCGGCCGCCAUGCGAGCCGAAACGAACAAAAACGAACACGAAAUUCCAAAUUUAAAUUAAAAACUAUUCCAAAAACAAGAUAAAUAAAUUUAAAAAUCACAUGCGACUAGCGAAGCAUAUUUUUUUCAUUAGUUUUAAUUUUAAAACUAAAUCGAAUUCAUUUUUUAAAAGCAUACGGCCAGUCCAAGGAUGUGAACAGUUUUUAAUUUGUUUGGACCAAAGGAAUGUGGUUUUAAUGUGAAUGCAAAUAAGGACGAGUGUUGUGUGUGGGCGGAGAUCUUGAUGUUAGAGGUGACAACCUUUGUGUAGUGGUCAGUUUUGGAUUUAAAAAUAGGAAUUUUAUAAGACUGAAAAAUGUGGCGAUGUUGGUUGUUACUGGCAACGGUCGCGAGCGCGCGGAGCAAACAAAUACCCAUCGGUAAUGAGCUGUCCGUCACGACGGUAGCGACAGCAACAGAAGCAGACUCAACGACGUGGCCGGGUGCGCUUGCGCCGCUCGACACGCUGACCGUAGCGUGCGAGCGGGACAGCAUGCAUGUCACCGUCUCGCUCGCUCACGUGCCUCAUGCCUCGCAUAUAGACAGUGAAUUUGAGACGUUCAACGGUAUAGUGUACCCCGCGGGGCUAGGCAGCAACUCCUCCUGCCUGCGGGAGUACGUCCACGCGAGAGGAGACCUCCAGUACUCGCUGCCUCUGAAAGGGUGCAACACUAUGUCUACUGAUCACGACGACGGCACGGUGGAAUACUACAACAACAUCAUAGUCCAGCCUCACCUGAAGCUGGUGACGGGCCAGGGGCGAGGGUACCACGUCCGCUGCCGGUAUUCGCGCCGGGACAUCACGCAGUUCCACCUGUUCAGGCCCAGGGCUGACAGGCUGAGUUCCGGGGACAUCGAUAAUAAUAUCGAUGAAUUUGACGAGGAGUCGGGUUUGCUGCCGUCUGUCACCAUGAAGAUUUACAAAGGGGAUCCUAAAGAUAACCAUAUAGCUUCCAGCGUAAAGAUUGGUGACACCCUGAGCCUGGUGGUCUCCCUGGAGAAGCAGCGGCAGUACGGACUGCUGGUGUCGGAGUGCGCCGUGAAAGACGGGCUGGGCUGGGCUGAACAGAGCCUUAUAGCUGAUGAUGGAUGUCCAUUAGACGGCGAAAUAAUGGGAAUGUUCCAAUACUCCGGCGACAAGCAAGAAGCCAGUGUGUCUUUCCCAGCCCACAAGUUCCCGUACACGGCUAGCGUCUACUACACUUGCGAGGUCAAACUGUGUGACCUCAAUCACCCUACGGACUGUGAGCCAUGCGCACACAAGCAGCGCGUGCGCACGCGCCGGCAGUCGGAGGAGGGCUCCCCCGCCACCGUGGAGGUGUUCUCCGGUUUGUACGUCAACGAGGCUGAUUCUCCGGACAAUGACGAGGUUACUAGCGAAAAGAAAGAAGACGAGAUAUGCAUAUCACAACGUAACUUUGCUAUAGGAAUAUGCGUCGCUGGCGUCAUCCUUAUGAUUUGCGUCAUAGCAGCCAUAGCUUUCAUCUUAGCCAGACGUAGGAACCCUAAGACCUACUCCAGAACUGGCAGCUCAUUGUACAGCGGCCCUUACACUAACACAGGAUACUCUCAUACUAGUUAAAAAAAACAACGAAUUUUAUGAAAAAAAAAUAAUUAAAAAUGUUCACUAGCCCUUAGACUAUGAAAUGUGAUUUUGAUUCAAGAUUGGUUUGCUUUUAGUAAAUUUAUUAUAAACUUUUAAACUGUUAGUCAUAUUAAAUAAUGGUUUCAUUUUGAAUACAUAAUAUGAACAUUGAAUUAAUGACAAUGAACAAAAUGGAAAACUGCCAUAUAGUCCAGUAAUGUAGUUCUUUUUUUUAUAACAAAAAAUAAUAUGGUUUUACAAAUGAACGAAUUUAAAAUUAAAUUAAGCGCAGUUAAGUUUCCAAUUUUCAUUAAUGAUUGGAUGCAAAUAUUGAUAUUUUUAUAUAUCUACAAAAUAAAAUUGUUGUGUUCAUCAUCGCAACGAAGUCAAUUUAGGAAUAGAUUUACCAAUAUAAUUUUAAGGUAAUGAAAAUAUAUAUUUAUGUAAUUUUGUGAUACUUUGUGCAUUAUAUCCGUCCAUCCGAUUUAGAUGUAUUUUUUUAAGUAUUAAUAAUGGUUGCCUUGCAUUACGUAAUAAUAUUAAACAUUGACUGCUGUCGUUUUAUUUUUAGGGGUUGUAAAAAAACCUGUGAAAUCAGAGUAAGUUUUAAAAAAAUAUAUUUUAGAAUAUUUAAUGUUAAAGUUCAAUGUCAAUUUAUAAUAGUCAUAAUUCAGUAAAAUUAUACGCCGCAAUGUUUCUAUGUCAGUUAUUCAUAUUAAACUACAGUUUAUUAUAUCUUUUUUACAGGUUUUUUCUCUGAAAAGGUGGCGGGCAAUUUUAUUUUCCUAUUCAAUUUUAUUAUUAUCGUUUAGUUCACUACAAAUUUAUUUAUAUUUUACUCUUAUUUGUAAUUUUAACAGUAUUAAGAAGGAUAAACCAUUUGACUAAUGUUUCUCAUAAUUCUAUACUAGUAUAUCACAAGUAACAUAAAUACCUAUCCAUUGUUUUGGAUAUAUAUACAUUGUUUUGGAAAACUUUAUAGUGGACUAAACAUUUUUCUUAAGAAUUGGAUGUGUUGCCAUAUUUUGUAAGUUAGAUUAGACAUUUCUGUGCUUCAGCCAUUCCGUCCAUUUCGGUGCUAUUUAUAUUUUUAUGUUCGCUUUUAGGUUGGCCGUGCAUAAAUAUAUUAUUCAAUUUAAUUUGAACAAGAAAAGUCUGAGAAAAAAAUAAUAACAAUUCUUUUUUUUUUUUUUUUUGAAAAAAAAAAUCUACAACAAUCAUUUACUUUACCUGGACUAUAUUUUACUACAAUAAUGUGAAAUAUUAAGAGUGAUAUGACACGCACGGCCGGCCUUGCGCUUGUAAGCUAGUACUAUAAUUUCGAUAUUUGUUUCAUAACUACCCCAUUGUCGUAUUCCUAACUAUAUUACUAUGUUUUUAAUACAAUGGGGUUCUGGAACGAUAUCGGUCGUAUGAUGAUGUACGAUUUUUUAACAAAUAAACUGUCUAUGAGUAUA